GAAGAAGAAGAAGAACCCCACACGGUCUGGCCUGCGCCCAAAUUCGGAGGUAGGAGCCUCGGAAGAGGCCUAUUAGGCCUUCUCUUUCAAAAUUCUCCGCGUAUAUUCCUUCAUGCAACCGAAACAAGACGGUCUUAACAUUCGAAGCACUUUCAACAAAGAACAACUCCCGCACAAAAUAUGUCUUCUGCCAAGAUUGCUCCGGUGUCGAGCAAGGAGGGCGACGUCAGGGUGAGUUCCAAAAAGAACAAGACCCUAACUGCAGUGGUAAGAAAGAAGAGCGACACAGACAUUGGAGGUAACCUACAGCAAACGGGAGAACUUGUACGGGGUCAAAGAUCGUGGGUCGGGAGUUUGACCGCGCUGGCGUCCCCACGUCGUGGGUACUCGGAUGGCAAUGUACCACGUAAUGUGGGUACAAGUACGUCGAUGGAAACUCCAGCGCUUGGAAGGAAGGCUGGAAGGAAACGGGUUGUGGACGUGGGUCAGAAGACAUUGCGACAAAUGAACGAACUGGCAAAGUACGUCAAUGCAUCUGGACCGUGCGCUAUCUGUCGAAAUCCCGGGGCGGUGAUUACCAUGACGCAGAUCAGGAGGAGGCGAAGGAAACUCAAGAGGCAGAUGUCGAAACUAACAGAACACCAACGGGUAUCGAGCCCAUUUCUCACUGCUGUGGGGUCUCCAUCACUGGACAGCACGAGGCAGCGGAGGAAGUCAGUUACUUGGAUAGGUCCACCGUCCACCAGCCACUUGCCGGAGCCGGGGGAUGAACUGCACCAAGGCACCGUGGCCAUACCAGAGCCAUCGUCCGGCCCAGAGGUAGUGAGCCAGGAGACUGGGGCUUUCCUCCUCCUCAUAAGCGUCGUCGCUUUUGUCGUCGGUAUACUGUUCAUGGUCAAGUCGACUGAAAACAGCGUCCGGGAGUACUUGGGCAUGGCUACUCCUCUUGCAAGCGCCACAGCGAGCAACAGGGACCUGGGACGGCUGCUGAGCUCGGAAAUAGACACGGACGAUGCGGAAGAUACGACAGUCUUCACGGUCGCAGAACCAACAGCGGAAGAGGCUGCAGCAACCACAAUUCAGCGAUGGUAUCGCAGGUACCACGGCACCGCACCGACCGAAAUGCCCGAUGCAGCCAAGAAGCGGCGCCUCGAUCGGUGGACAGAGAACCUACGUGGCUUCUUCAGCAGGAAGAAGCUAAACUACCUCAAAGGCAUCCCACGACUAUGGUCCAAGAAACGCGGAGGCACAGACCGUUCAUCUCAGCCGAUGACCGAAGGGCAGCAGGGGGCGAUACAGGCUGCUCCCUCCGCCGUCAACGUCUGCAGAGACGGCAGCAAUGAAAUCCAAAAACCUAUGGUCAGUGGGACUACUUCGUCACCUAGCUUUCAGCAAAAUCCUGUCGGUCCACCACCCCGACGCAGCACGAGUAGCGACGCCAAGCGCGUGACCGACAAAGCGGGACCUUCUGGGUCACAGAUGCCUCUGCACCGCACCAGAAGCCUCGUAUGAACUGCUGUUUUCUGCAGUUGGACAUCAAUGUACAUCACUGGCCUUUUACCUGGUGCUUGAAAGUUUGUGAAGGCGUGUGUCCUGUAUUUGUACCCGUUAAUCAACUGUUUUAUCGCAUUUCGUGCGCAGAAUAAACGCUGCAAAGUCCA